GUUAUAAAGGACCGAGCUCCGUACUAUACGACUGCACUCUCUCAGUGAAACUCUCGUAGGAUCGUUCCUCGACUACUUGUACCCUCCUCGUUUGCGACGCGUGCACCAUGAGGAUUAUAUCUUUGGUAAUCCCAUUAUGCCUUCUGCUGCUAAUAGAAGCAAAGCGAGUGGAGAUCCGGCCUCGUAUUGCAGAACCGCAAGUUUAUUACGAAGAAGACGACAGUCAGGCGGCUGAAGACGAUUAUAACCCAGCAGUCUACCAACCACGUACUCGUGCCCUUCCUUCGCCACGUUCGAAGGACGCUCUGCACUCAUCCAAGCCACCACCAGUCCAGACCAUUCGCAAUUACAACAAGGUCAACGACGACGGAUCUUUCACUUUCGGCUACGAGGCAGCCGAUGGUUCGUUCAAGGAGGAAACUCGUGGAACCGAUUGCGUAGUGCGCGGUAAAUACGGUUACAUCGAUCCUGAUGGUAAUAAAAGAGAGUUCACCUACGUAUCCGGCAAUCCUUGCGAUCCAAAUGCACCAAAGGAUGACGAAGACGAUCUUGCCGACAAGCAAGAAGAAGACGAUAUCUCUGGACCAGCUAACUAUCCAUCCGUGAGACCAAUACCAAGACCAGUAUCAUCGAGACCAGCAUAUCAACAACCUACCACGCGAGCACCCACGACGAUCUUUCAAACGCAAUAUCAAUUAGACGACGAUGCUAGUCAAGAGUUGGGCGAUGAAGACCUCGUUAAGCCAUCGCAGUUAAGACCAAAUGCUUACAGAACGGCUCAACAGCCGACCUACGUUCAAGUCACACCGUCGACAGCUCUUUACGAGCCAUCGCCCACGGCCAGUCCUGCUCUCUACAGAUUAGCUUCCUCGACGACCCAAUAUCAGAGCACAGCAUCGCCCAUUCUCCGUGCCCAGCCUACAGUAUCAUCGACAGCGUAUCAAACCCUCGAAACGACGACUCGCCGCCCAGUCGCCCGUCACCCAAAGCCGCAAUCGGUCGCAAUCACUCCCCGACCCCACGUUGCACAAGUCGCUGCCCAAUAUGUGUCCCCUAGUAGCACCGAGCGCCCAGCAUUAGCGUACACUCGUCCCUCGGCCGUCACUGUAUCGCCUAAUCUGCGCAGCACGACCGCAUCUAGCACAUCUCACCUUGACUUUGCCGCCGAGCUCGAGCGUUACGUGAACACCGUCGGCGUAGCCAGCCCUAAGCCCGUUCAACCGUCGUCCCAACCAUCGAAAGUAAAAUUAGCCGGUCAAUCAUCGAUCACCGCCUCCGCCGCCGACCCCAUCUACCAGUCGGAGCUCGUUUACGAUCCCGCUACCGGUCAGUACAAUACCCAACUUUAUCAAACGCUACCCCAAACCGUGGGUGACUUCACCCUAAGUCACAAACUCCAACCGUUCGUAGCCCAGCCCCAGUCCUACCUUGGACUCCAGCAGCUGCAGCAGCUUCAGCCCCAGCAGCCCCAGCGUCAGUCCCCGCUUUAUAAGCAACCGGCAACCCAGUCGGCUCAAUCCGCCCCCGCAGCAGCUAUCAGCCAACCCCAGGAAGUGCUGUACAGGAAGCAGCAAGCUCAACUGCUGCAGCAGUCACAGCAGCUCUACGCUCAACAACAAAGACGUCAGCAACAGCAGCAACAACAACAACAACAGCAACAAUCCGCUCAGUCGCAUAGGCUUCAGCUGCUCGAGUCUCAGACGCAACCCCAGUCGUUCUACUACGUCGCCCCUGCGAGGUCCUCCAGCGCUGCCAGUGCACCUCUCUCCGUAGGUCAGAUCGAUCACUAUCUUCGGGCCUCUCGUUACUGAUUCCAUCUAGCCUGCGAGUCUUUUUUUUUUAAUUCUUUAUAGGGUACCCAUUCUCAACUUUUUAUACUAUCCGAUUACGUGUUCGGACCACCCGCGGCACUUUAAUAACGAGAUGGUGCUGUCAGUGGGCCUGGCGCGUGCGUAUCCGGGAUUUAAUCGAUCGUGCACGAUACCCAAUGUUUCGUUCAAGGUUACCGGAGGGCAAUCACGACUUUUUUUACGACAUAGCAAUUAGUCGAAUAAUCUGGUUUGUUUUUAUGCGUAGGAUAUUGUAGGUUGUGUGUAGAAAUUAUUAGCUGCGUCGUGUUUUACUUCUUAUUACUAGUUGAGCUGUGGCAAUUUCUUUUCUUAUUACGACCUUGGUGGUUUAUUAACUUUCACUGAAAUCUUUUACUAUAAUAUUUGGUGCAUACAUUGUAUAAUUCUAGGAUUUUUUAAUGUAUAGGAAUGAUUGAGUAUAUUAAAUAUUUAUUAAUAUUCAUAACUAACAACAGAAUUUACCGUUCUUUUAAAUAAUUUAUGUUAAUGCUUUGUAGCAUUCAAAAUGUAACGAAAUUUGAAAACAUUAUUUAUUUAUUUCUAACACAGUAAUUGCAAUUAUAUAAUGUAUGUAUACUAAAUUUUGCUAAAUUGACUAUGCUUCUGAAACGAAAUAAUUCUGUACAAAAAGUAGCACGUGCAUAAAACACGAGUGUCAAAGCUCUUCUCGCACUAAGUGUUAACGGCGAAAUAACAGAACUUUUGCAUAGACGCCCAACAUUGACGAUAUCGACCAAGGUACUUCACUGAACAUCGACAUUACUCUGAGAUUCAAUCUGUGAUAGAACUAGUAUUCAAAAUUAACAUAUAACUUUCUAACAUUCCGUACACGGAGACCUUACAAUUUUAUUCUCGUUCUAACUUGUACAAAACUUCACUUUCGUUAAAAUACGAAUUUUCCAAUUUUGGUUACUCAAAACUUGUUUAUUUCAUAAUGUUGCAAAUUCUAACAACCCAAGCAGAUAAUGACUAACAUUACGUAUAACGUCGACAGUAAAUAUCGAUUUAACGAUAAUUUGUUAUUCUAAUAGCAAAAUUUCUGCACAGAUAUCAAACCAAUUUCGAGAUCGGCAUCGGAAGCACUUUUUCGUAGUCUAAAACGACUAUCUUUAGAGAGUGAAAGUCAAUGACCUGACGCAAUACUCACGCACACUAAACACAUUACCAUAGUAAUUUCUCGCCGCCGCGCCGUGUCGCGUCAAUUCGUACGGUAACAUGCUACACCGCACAGAUUCCAGACGUCGUGACCAGAAUUAUUCAUCGUGUGCACACGAUCAUUUUGAAUAGAAUUCCGACCUACGUACUCGCUGAUUUCAUUACAGAACACCGAUCCGUAUGAUCGAACCGGAUAAACAUUUGCUGUCGUAAUAACGGCGCUAAGUUUAAUCACUUAGAGACAGCGUUUCCCAGGGAAAUGACUCAUAGGAAAUACGUAAAAAGUCGACGAUGAAUUAAUUACAAAAUCAAACCAAACCGUGAUUUAUUGAUCACGUGUCAUUAUUUAUACCGGAGGAAAAAAUUGUUUCUUUUUUCUUUUUGUAUUUUUGAUAUCAAUCGAAUUGGCAUUUGAUGUAUGUACCUGAGAUAUUAAUUUAUGAAAAGUAUAACAGUAGAAAUAUUUUAUUUCUUUUGAUCACACCAAGCUUUUGAUCGUAUGUAAAUGGAAUUCGUAUAAUUAGAGUUCGUGUUGAAAUAAGUAGUUUCAGUCAAGCGUUCGGUCAAUUAAAUAAGUGCAGUUCUACUGUAGUAUAAACUAAUUUGACUAAAAUUGACUACGUUUAAAAAACUUAAUACUCUUAAUUAAGCUACGGAUAUUUAUGCAUUUACGAAAGAUUUUAGUAUGCAAAACUAUACAGAAUGUAUAUAAUAUACCAAAUUAUACAAAAUAUAUAAAAGUAUAAUAUUUAAAAUACAAGACAAAUCUUUCUGUACCUACAUUUACGUUCUAUUCAUAAAGAUACGAAUUUGCAUAAACAUCCGCAGGCCUAUUCGAAGAUUACGUAUAACGUCAGUGUUCUAUCCGCGUUUCUAUAAAAUUCCAAAUUCUCGUCCAACUUUCACCCUGUUCAUCAUACUAUUUCCGUCAGCACCUGCAGUUAGCGGCAUUCAAUUCCUAAAAUAUCGGAAUUCAAAUUGAUUACGAGCGAGAUCAGCUACAUAUCAGGAACAAAAUCAUCGUUUUGCAAUGGUUAUGGCAAAUUUUGCAAGCGUGCCCGGACUCGGAGAUUAAUCCGGUGCCUUCUAUGGAGAACUGUAGCAUACUUUCAUUGGCGUGGCUCGCCGCACAGAGACAUUCUACUCGGACUGAACGAACUUUCUAUUUGCAUUCCCUGUCGUAAGUGUGAGAAUCGAUUCAAAUCUAACGCGUCCUACGACUUGAUUCCGUGGAAAGCUAUGCGCACGUAUGCCCGUGGAAACACGUGGUGCGAUCGUAGAUCGAGAGGCGUGGAUUGGCAUGGAUCACGUGAAAACGUUUCACACGCAUCGAAAGGUUCAACUCGAUGCAUAUAUUGGUAAUACUUGGCACUUUUACGAAUUACUUUCUCCGGUACGCGACGCCAGGUCCACGAUUGUCAAGUUCGUUAUAUUUAUCGUAUCUAUUUAUUAGCGGUAAGCUUGAACAAAGAGUAAGUAAAAACGGAGGAAGCGGAUUUUAUAGUUGGGUACUCGAGCAGGAAAUAGCGGUGUGCGUUACAAAAGAAUAGCAUAUUUCACUUGUCUUACUAAAAGUAACAUAGCAUCCGUGAAAAAAGCACAUUUCAUCAUUUGUUACAAAUAGUAGGAUAUUUAGAUUUUCCCAAGAGAAACUAAUACAUUGUAUUGUUAACUAAAUGUGUUGGUUUUUUGUGACAAAUGGAAAAUAUGCUACCUUUUUUUCUUAAAUCGCUUUAAUUUUCCUAGUGGAUGAUAUAAUACGAUUCCUUCUUUUCGUAGCAAAAUGUAGAAAUGUGCUUCUCUUGCCGAAAAAGAUAUGAUGCUUUGAGUCACGUUAAUAUCGAACGUAUUCUUUUUUAUAAGACAAAUAAAAUGUGCUAGUCUUCGCAACGUACAUCGAUAGGCUGUAAGGGUAGGGCGUUUCAGGAAAAUGAACACAGAUCUAGCAUAAUUACGUAACAUAACGGUGUACUUCUAGCUUUUUCUUGUUGGUGGUACCGUGCAGAAGUGUCAAUAUGCACUUCCUUACUCACAUUGUAAAUACUUUUUCUCGUUAGCAUUAAUAUAACUAGCGGCUACUUAGUGAUUUAUCCGAUUCAGUACUACUAGGUCGGUAGGGAACACGCCCCACGUACGUUUAUAGUUGUUUUUAUAUUUGUAAACGUGAUCGAAAGAAAAAUGUAUCGUAACAAAAAAAUUAUUGUGCCUUUUUA